UUUCGGAAUUAGUGCUCAAUAUUAGUGCAUUUUAUUCAAUUAGUGCUGAAAUAAAAUCUGUUAUCUUGGGAAUGAUUGAGUUGAAAGGACAAGGGUCGAGUGGAGCGAAAAAUCUUGCAGCUGAGGUGGUGAAAGUGCUUAAUAUUUAUAGUAUUAAUUUAAAUCAAAUCGUCUCCAUUACUUCUGACAACGUAGCAAAUAUGGUUAAAACAACCAAUAUUUUAUCAUUUGUUUCCGAGGAAUAUAUUGAAAAUGACGACGAAGAGUGCACCAACGAUGAUUAUCUAAACAAAAUUGAAUGUGUAGAAACCAUACCACAUGUAUUAAUAGGCAAUAUACAAGUUUGUCGUUGUGCUGCACAUACAGCGCAACUGGUUGCUAUUGAUGUUACUAAGUCAUUGGACAUAUUGAAGUCGUUAUUGAAUUGCAGAAAUUUGACAAAAUAUAUAAAAAAAACGUCCAACGGGUAUCGUGAAAUAUUUGAACUGAAAAAAUUGAAAAUGCCACAACUUGAUUGUCCAACCAGAUGGGGAUCUACCUUUUCAAUGUUAGAAAACUUGAUUGAAGCGAAAGACAUUUUAAGCAAAAUUGAAUCCAUUAGAAACAAAACACCGGAAGAAAAUUUUGAUAUAGAUUCAUCGUUUUGGGAAUUUAUUGAGACUUAUUUCAAAGUGUUUAGCCCCUUGCAAAAAACAAUAAAAAAGUUUCAAGAGGAACAAUUGCAUUACAGUAAUUUCUACGCCCAAUGGCUUAAGCUGAAAAUUUCUACAGAGAAAAUAGUACGAGAAUCAAGUCAGCAAUUAACAAAAACGAUUGGAAAUCAAAUUAUAAGUUCUAUAGAAAAACGAACCGAAAUAUUGUUAAAAAACAAAUUUGUAAUUUCGUGCUUGUUUUUGGAUCCCCGGUUUCAGCAUAUAUUGUCCUUGCAACAAAAAAAUGAUGCAAUCAUUCAUUUGAAAUACAUUUGGGACAGACUAUGUAGUUUAAACCCUACUGGCAAUAUGUGCACAACGCCGAAUUCCUCCAAAACUCAAAUGGAAAAUUAUUUUUUUGAUGAAGAAGACGCAUUGUUGGAGGCAUACCUAUCGCAAGGGGUUCAAACGGAAGGAAACAGUACUAUGGAUGUUUAUUCCAAAAUUGAAAAUCUCCAGCUUCCAUAUCAAAGGCUUGACACUGACGUAUUAACUUACUGGAAGGAAAAGCAGUACACAGAUCAGGAGUUAUACGCCAUAAGUAAUGUUUGUUAUGCUGUACCACCAACUCAGGUAUCAAUCGAACGAGCAUUCUCCGCGCUCAGACUGGUGCUUACUGACUACCGCAACCGCUUAAGCCAGGAUGUUCUUGAGAACAUAUUAUUGGUCAAACUAAAUCCCAGUUUUUUGGACCAUGCCAUCGACACCUUGCCUCUUUUUGAAGAUGAAGAUGAAUAAUUUAAAAUUAUAAUGUUUUUUUUAAUAUACAUAUGUACAUACACGUUUAAUCAUUGAAGUUUUUAUAAAAAUAUACAUUUGUAUGUACUUCUUUUCUCAA